CCGAGCACAUCGUCAGUGGGAAUAAGAAAGUCCUGCAGCCUGUGGAGCUCCUCAAACCUGCUGGAGUAAAAAAAGCCAAGAAGGAAGAUUUCAAACGAGACGGAGUGAUUAAUCAACAUCGGAGAAGAGACACUGGAAUUCUUGGAGGAUAAACACGCUUGAUCAGUGUCCGUCUGUAGUUUAGUGACCCAUCUGUGAAAUUCCACCAUCACUAAACCCAACACCCUCCCGCUGCCAUGUUGAGACUGCUCUCCCUCGCCCUGCUGCUAGUGGCCACUCAUCCGUCCUCCAGCCUCUUCCUGCCCGACUCUCCUGAGCUUCGGCGGCUGCUGAGUCGCUAUGAGGACGAGCUGCAGGUCAACGUCACGGCGUCGACGCCAGGCUUGCGUACACGCCGCUCCAUACCGUGGUCAGACCGUGAGGAGAUCCUUCUUCUGCACAACAAACUCAGAGGCGGCGUUUAUCCAACCGCCUCGAACAUGGAGUACAUGAUAUGGGAUGAUGAACUGGAGCGUUCUGCUACGUACUGGGCUGAACAGUGUCAGUGGGACCACGGACCCCAUGACCUACUUAUGUCUAUUGGACAGAAUCUGGCAGUGCACUGGGGCAGAUACCGUUCCCCUGCUUACCACGUCCAGGCCUGGUACGACGAGGUGAAGGACUACACGUACCCAUACCCACACGAGUGCAACCCCUGGUGCCCUGAUCGCUGCUCUGGACCCAUGUGUACACACUACACACAGAUCGUCUGGGCCACCAGUAACCGCGUGGGUUGUGCUGUCCACGUGUGUCCAAGCAUGAAUGUGUGGGGGGAGGUAUGGGAGAACGCCGUCUACCUCGUGUGCAACUACUCGCCAAAGGGAAACUGGAUCGGAGAGGCACCCUACCAGCACGGACGUCCAUGUUCUCAGUGUCCUCCCAGCUACGGAGGAGUCUGCAAAGACAACCUGUGCUACAAGGGAACUCCUCAACGCCCUGAGACUUCAGACAUGAACGAGGUGGAGAAGCCUCAGAUUCCUGUACAGACGGAGAUCGCGCCGUCUAAACCGAAAUCCAAAACCACCCCGCCCAAAAAGCCCAUGCCGUCCAAGUCCACUCGCUCCAACUUCCUGACUCAAAACAUCAAGUGUGAGACGAAGAUGCGGGAUAAGUGCAAAGGCGUAACCUGUAACAGGUACAACUGCCCCGCUAACUGCUUAUACAGCAACGCUAAAGUGUGGGGCACGCUGUACUACGAUGUGCAAUCCAGUAUUUGCCGGGCUGCGAUCCAUUACGGGGUCAUUGAUAAUAACGGCGGUUUGGUGGAAGUCGCAAGGAAGGACAGUUUCCCGUUCUUUGUUAAAGCCACAAAGAACGGCGUCGAGUCUUUGAGUAAAUAUAAAACCGCCAACGCGUUUCUGGUAGCAAAAGUGGAAAUAAAAUCAAUCGACUGCUACACCAGGAUGGCUGAUAUUUGCCCCUUCAGCCAAGAGCAAACCACCUGCCCGAGGGUUAAUUGCCCAGCCAGCUGUAAGAAUCAGCCUUCGUAUUGGGCUCCAGUAAUCGGCACCGGCGUCUACGCUGACAGUUCUAGUAUCUGCCGGGCCGCUCUCCACGCCGGUGUGAUGAAAGCUUCAGGAGGCUACGUGGACAUCCUGGCUAUGAAUAAAAAGAAGAGCUACACGGGCAGCCUGAAGAACGGCGUCCAGUCUGAAAGUAAUUCCCAGUUCCAGGGCGGCUCCUUCCGUGUCUUCACCGUUCGAGAGUGAUGCGUCUGUACACACACAGGGUCUCUCGUCCACUUCUCCAGGGACAUACAGUCAGUCUUCUCAUCAGGACAAAAAUCACACUCGUCUACCAACUAUUUCUGGAAUUCUCUGAGAGCGAGGAGACCCACACCACCAGCGGACCUUCCUCCAUCAUCUUCCAUCCAGAUCAUUCCUAAUAUCUUUUUCCUUUUUCAUUUUUAUACUAUUUACACAUACGAGGCUGAAAGGACCAUGUUUACCAGCAGUGCUGGUUUUUAAAAAAUAUAUAUAUUCAGCUAUUUUAUGAUCUUUUACAAAAGAAUAUAAAUAUAUUGAUCACACUGUAUUUAAUCAUCAUUUUGUUUUGUACAGCUUUUCUUUGUGAUUUUCUUUUUGCUGCACUUUUCCCUCUCCUAGCUUAUCGUCCAGCAUGUUUUAUAACCCUGCUCCGUUUAUACAGUGCCGGGUGGCAGGCGAGCAGGCAGCGGCGCUCUGUGUCUGGGGAGAAAAGCAUCACCGUGAGCUUUGUUCUUCUGGCCAGAGGAACCUUCAUGAACUUUUAGGGUAGACAGAUUCUCUGUGUAGGAACGUAAAAGAAAGGAGGCGAAGAAAAGGCAACACUCCAAAGAAAAGAGAGCUUUCCUGUAGGCUUGUGUUAAAGCUUUCCAGAAUCAAUAACAUAAAAGUUUGACCCAAGGUGCAAAAACAAUGAAGUGGCCUUCAAGAAGCCCGAGGAGAAAUUAAUACCAAGCACACAUGAGUCUGAUUUCUGCCUUGGUAACAUCCCAGCUAAUGGAGAUGUUAAAGGGGAACUGAAGGCAAAUUUUUUAGUAUCAAAAUUCUGUUUCUCAUUUUAUUAAAUAUAGGAAUGCAUUUUUGAUAGGUAUUUUGUUACUGCUAUAGCAAGUUAUGAGUGUUUUGAAAUGUAUCAGUCCGUAUGUCAAAGCAGCGGCCGUAAACGAGAUUCGUUGAGACCUGUGCGAGACAUCGUAGGACAGAAGUAAAACAUACAGCGGAAAUCAAAGUGACCGACAUCUGCCAACAUUGUCAAAAGACGCGCGCGCCCUCUUUCGAAUGCUGAUGUAAUCAAGCCGGAAGUUUUGUUUGUUUUGAUAGCAAUCAGGAAAGUUUGAAAAAAGUCGGCAGUAAUCGCCAUUUAAACUCGUUUUUGUGCAAUACUUCGUUUGGAAAACAGUUUUCAAAAUGGCGGCACUGACACCUGGCUGACACUUCACGUUUCGAAGUCUCGCACAAGUCUCGUGAAAAUCGCGCGGAUAAGCGACGCCUGCCGUGGACCAAACGAACUAAAUUCAACAUGGCUAAAAACCGAAUAGGCCGAUAAGUCUAAUAUUUAAUUGCAAUUAGUUCCCAAUACGAGUCACGAUAUAAGGUUACUAAAACCGAAACGUAAUUGAAUAACACGUUAAUUAAGAAAUAAAGCAAGUUUAAAAAUGACUUCAGUUCUCCUUUAAUAGAUUGAAUCCUUGACUCUGACUCAACACAAUGUGUGGAUUCAUUUUCUAAUAUUCUAAUAUCUUGUUUUUUCUGUAGUAACAGCUCAUUCCCAGGGGCUUCUACAGGUUAAUAAUAAACCGACAAAAAAAAAAAAAAAAUUAUAGUAACAAGUUGUGCCACACCAUCAUUGCUGAUUAUUUUCCUUUUACAUCAUGUCCUGAAAUUUCACUUCUUAUCUAACAUUGAAAAAUGUGUCUUAAAAUUCCUACAGAAGAUCCAAAAAUAACAUUUUGAUUCUGUAUUUAUUCACAGUACUCACUCGCACCCUCACACACACACACACACACACACACACACACACACACGGUUACAAUGUCAAAUUAUUUGUGCUAAUGUUACAACAACAAAAUUAUAGAAUUAUCUUCGAAUAAAGAAGAAAAGAACACAUUUAAGGUUCUAGGCCCCCAAACAGUUCCAAAGGCACUAAAGGUCUUUUUCAUAAUGUAUCUAUAUUUAGGCACUGCUGAAAAGCAGCGCUCCCGAGGAGUGUAAAACAUGUUAGUAAAUAACCCCACGUGAUUUAUUAAAAAAAAAAAGCAAGUUAGAGACUGUGACUUGAGUAACAGUAAUUUGUGUGAGCUGACCUUCGUCAAAUAAAGGUCAAGGAAAAGUUGUGCCCUGAACACACACACAAAAAAAAACUUGGUGGAAAAAAAUCAUGAAAAUUGAGAUUUAUAAGUGAUUGGAAAAAAAGCCUGGAUCAUUCCAGUACGGAUGUUGUCUGGUUGCAAAAGCCAUCAAAAAUCAGGUCGAUGCAUUAUUAUAUUCUCUAACAUAUGGAGCUUCGCUCUGCUAAAACAUUUGGAACACAAAAAUAGUUUUUAGUGAGGACAAUAAACCAACUUCAUUUGAAGUAACUAACAGUAAGAUUGUUUUUUUUGGUGGCCGUCUAUGAAACGACCAAAAAAGAAGAAAAUUAUUUACUCCGUCGACAACUAUAAGUAACGAUCAAUAUAUUUCAUUGGAAACUAUAUGGAGAUGUUUUUAUUUAUGCCAUUUUUAAGCUUGCUUUUGUGUGUGCAACAAAACCAGCAGUUAAAACCUUAACACGUCGAAAACUUCGUUAGCUUAGCGCACUUCACUCACAUAGCAAAUGUCAUGAUGUGAUGCUGUUCAACAGCUAUUCGCCAAAGCAAACUGGACCACAUGACUAAUCAAUUCAGUUUGUAAUCAAAUACUGGCUCUCAAAAUGUCCCUAAAAUAAUAAUAAUGAUGAUGAUGAUGAUGAUGAUGAUGAUGAUAUUUUCCCAGAUUUCCAAACGGAUGAUAUCCGAACACCAUACUGCGUGUAAACUGCUUUCAUGGAGAAAUUUCAUAAAAAUACACGGAAACCAAAUGGAUAACAAUAUGACAAAUUUUUUAGCUGGACUUUUUCGCAAUCCAAAUUUAAGUUUUAAUUUUCAUCUUUGUAAAAGUAGACAUUUCUCUCAUUUCCUUUCCUUCUGCUUUUCUCUCCGUCUGUCUUCAUGUGCUACCUCAGUCUUUUGCUACAGCUUAAGUGUUUAAAUAAAUAUGGAGUUUAAGGGAAACUAUUUGUACAGAUUUUAAAAUUAUGUAAAUAUUCUGAUUUAUGACUGUUUUUUUUAAAUAGUUGUGGAUGCGAAGGUAUGUUUUCUAUGAAAGUGCAUCUUUUAUGCUUUUGUAUCUUAUCUUAUUACUUCAUUACUUUCUGUUACGUUUUUAAAAAUCCAAAAAAAGUUGCGAUUUGCAAAUUUCUACUACUUUCGGCAUAACCGUUUUAAUUUUUUUUAAAUUAAAAGCUGCAGUAGUACCUUUUAGACAUGAUUCAUUCAUGAAGCGACUCCAAGCGUUGUGUUGGAGUCGGAUCUAGGUGCUAAACUCCAGUGAUUAUUUUUUUCACUUGGCAUCUGCCGCAGGUAGUGAAAGCUCUUUUUGCACAAAACUGAAAAUAAACUUUAACAAUAUCCUUG